AUGGAAGGAAACGACCAGAAUGAAAGUUCUUCUAGUAAGAAAACAAUUGUGCUCAAUGAUUUAGAAAACAUUCCUAAAAAUCAAACUAGGCUUACUAUUUUAGAGGAAGACUUGCUUUAUCAGACCCCCACUCCAUUCAAUUUUUAUUCAAAAGAAAGUGUAGCUAGGUUAGAAUUGCAUAUACGUACAUGGGUAAUAGUUUUAGAAAGAAUAUGUUUCUCACCAAUACGCCUUAGUAGAGAACUUCGUGAAAGUGUAUAUAAUAAAUUAGCAAAAUUUGCAGACAUACAUCGAAAGAUAACGCAAGUGGUAGAAGAGGGUCUAGAAAAUAAUUUUAAGCCUAAAUCUAAUCAAUUUUCUCAACAAAAAAAUUUGGAACAAAUUGAAAACACAGUUAGAAAAAGAAAUUAUAAUAUUGAUUUUUUGUUAAUUCAUUUGCGUGAUACUUUACAUAGUUUACGUGAUGAUGAAACUUGGUUCCAAGAAUUAAUACGAAGAGUAAAAUGCAUACUUAAAGCUGCUAUAGGUGUAGCUCCAGGAGUUCUCUCAAAGGUUUCAUCCGGAUUUCCUUGUCCUAAUGAUACUAGUUCGAUAUCAUCAAUGGUUACUCAAUUACGCGAAGGCUUAUGUUUCAAGUAUCCAAUAGCACGUUAUUAUUUUUAUUGGAGAACUUUGUUGAUAAUUCAACAUGAUAUUGAUAAGAUAAUUAGUAAAAAGUUUGGAGAAAAAAUCAUAAUGGAAUAUCUUUGGAGUUAUUUAGAAGAAGAACAGGAUGGUAUUGAUCAAAAUAUUUUAGAUUCUCAAGUAAAAUUUGAUGAAAUAUCAAAUAAAAUCGUUAAGGCAUUAAAAAAUACUGGCACUUUCUUAAAUGAUCUUUCUGGAAAUGAACCUCUUGCUUUACCACAUACCUUAUGGUUCGGAAUAUUAGAUCUUGCGCAUGAUCUUAUAAAAAAAUCUAAUCAGACGGCUACGCAUGGGCUUUGCUAUUAUUUAGCAAUUAAAUCAUUUCACGGGUCGCCUAGUAGUUUCAUUCAAUUUAAAGCAAUUGAAAUUUUGAUUCACUUAUACAACAUUAAUAAGGAAAUAUUUUCAAUUAUAGAAGUUGAUUUUGAUCAAUAUUCUCAAAAUCUAAGUGAAAAUGCUUUAACUGAUUCUUUAGAAAGAUUUCAAGACUUAUUUAAUUUUGCUCAAGAGAAAUUCACUGAAGAUCUUAAAAUAAUAAAUUAUGAUAUUGGGAAAGGAAAGGGAAAGUUAAAAAGAUCAGAUAAAAGUAUAAAUAAAGAGCAAAUAUCAGACUCUUGUAAAGUUUUAAAUGUUAUUGCAGAUGAGAUGACUUGUCCAAUUGGACACGAACCAACAAAUCAAAUAUGUGUUUUAAAAUGUCAACAUAUAUUGUCAUUGGGUAAUUUCAAAAAGUUGAAGCAAAGUAAAUGUCCUGAAUGUCGAGAAAUUAUUAAAGAUAACGAAGUCAGAUAUUUAUCACAAAAUGUUAUUUAUAGGAACUUAUACCCACAUUUUCAUCAAGCUGGAUAUAAUUUGACAUCAAUUGAAACAGAAAAUUCAGAGACUCAUAAUUGUGAUUCUAGUGAUUCUAGUGAUUCUGAUGAUUUUAUAUUGGCUAAAAAAGCGAAUAUUAACAAAAUAUUUAGAUUUAAUUCAAACAUAUCAUUACGAUCAAUAUUUCAAAUUAAAUUUUCAAAAAAACAACAUCCAGCAUAUCAAAAUGUCAAGAAAGAGCUAACCGAAAAAAAUUACGAGAAAGCUGAAUAUUGGUGUAAAGAAUUUUUAAAAGAUUUUCCUAAAAGUUAUUCUAUGAGAUGCAUUUUGGCAUAUACUUAUAGAAUUCUCAAUAAUUAUGAACGAGCAUAUUAUUAUUUAAAUGAAGCUAUUAAUUUAAAUGAAAGAAAUUCAAUUGCUUGGUGCAUGCGUGGAGAAAUACAUUACAGACAAAAAAAUUAUGACGAUGUAAUAAAUGACUUAAAUUCUUUAAUUAAAAUUGAUAAAACAAAAAUAAAGUAUUUAAAUAUCAUACUCGGAAACUGUUAUCUUUUCCAAGGAAUAAAAGAUCAAGAAAGAGGUUAUAAUUUUGCUUUGAAAAGUUUUAAUAUUACAUUACACCAUGAUCCACAUAAUUAUAUAUGCCUUAAGCAUUGUGCAUUUAUCUAUGAAGAGAAAAAAGACUUUUUGAAUGCUUUAGAAAUGUUGAGUAGAUUAUUAAUAAUUAAUUCUCAGGAUUCUUUAAUUUUAUGCUAUUAUGGUGAAAUUCUUGUAAAAUUACGUAGAUAUGAUGAAGCUACAGUAUAUUUUACAGAAGCAAUUAAAAUCGACCCUGAAAAUGUUUAUAUUUUUAAUAUUAAGGAAAUCUGUCUUUUUAUUAAAAAGUAUGAUGAAGCUUUAUCAAAAUUUCAAGCGGCUUUGCAAUUAGAUCAAUCAUAUUAUUAUAGAGGUGAAAUAAAGAAUUUUAGAUAUAAUCGAAUAAUUUCAAAUGAAUUAAAGAAUUAUAUAAUGAUUAAUUAUAAUUUCGAUAUAAUUACAUCAUCACUUUUUAUCAAAUGUAAAUUAUCUAUUGAAAAAGAAGAUUAUGAUAAAUCAUCAUUAUAUUUUAACGAGUUAUGGAAAAUGUCUGAAGAAAAUAUCUUUGUUAUAAAAGUAUUUCGACAAUAUAACAAGUUUUGGGUAUACUUAAAUAAUCAUAUUAAACGAAUAGGCAUUAGAAAUUUCAAAGCGUAUAACUCGUUCAAUAAUUACUUAUUUAAAGAAAAAAGGAUUUGCUUUUUAUCGAACUAUAAACGUUCAACAAUUUCAGAAGACAGUUUAUCAGGAUAUAUAUUGAAUAGCAAGGAUAUAGAGUUCUUUAAAUCACCUAUUAUUUUUACCAAAAAUUGGGAAAAUUCUCAAUACUAUGUUAUCUGGAGAUUGUGUAUCAACAAAAUAUUCGAAACUUGUUCUGUGAUUUUUGGCAUGAAUACAAGAAGAAAUGCGUAUAUAUAUUCCGAAAAUGUGCAUACUCUAAAAUACGAAAAUUUGAAGAAACUUGUUGGAUUAGGUUGGGUUGAAUAUACACUUCCAUUUGUAAUGGAUAACUUUGUCACAGAUUAUUUUGAACCAUCAAUUAAAAUUAAUAACUCUUCUAAUGAUAUUUUAGUAGAUUAUGUCCGAUUUACCAAAUUUAAAAGAGAGACUAUUCGUUUAUCACAUAUGGUCGACUCCUUAAAACCAAAUUAUUUACAACUAUCUAUCCCCAAAGUAUUUAAUGAUAAAUACUUUUCAGAAGAAGUGGAAAAUUUGAUUGAAUUAAAAGACCUUAUAACUUAA